AUGGCAACCUCAGGCUCUUCAGGAACAGUGGGCCAACUCGUCAAACCAGAGUACAGAAACUGGCUCGCUCUUGGACAUGCUCUGAUAACCGAACUUUGUCUUGGUUUACGUCCAUUUAUUAACCGGGAGAUGGCAACUUUCUAUCAGAAUUUGAAAGCAAGGCUUGCAGUGUAUGGGCCCUGUAAGUGCGUAUUUGUCUCAAGACGACGCCCAAAUCAGUACCAUGACAUGGGCACAUGUGCUUGGGCUAAUAUUCUUGAGCGUCACCAUCAUAAAAACAAACCAACCUGGAAGCAAAGUGAUACUACAAAAUGGCUGGAUCCCCUUCUUGGACCCUGGGAAAUAGCCAAGCUCUUCUUGCCUGACUUGGGAGGAAAUCUGGUGAUAAAGAAAGCUGAGGACAUGGACAUUACCGGUUUACUAAACCUGAUGUAUUUCUGCAAUCACUUCACCAUUUCUCAGCACUUGAUUAAGGAGGUACGUGAAAUCAGGAACAACAAGUGGGCACAUGUUUCUUCACAAGAAUUGACUGAUGCAGACAAGAAAAUUGCGUUUGAUGCUAUUGAAAAUCUGCUUAGUGAUCCUGGGUUAGCUCACGACCCUGACAUUCAGAAAGCUCUCAAGGAAAUUCGCAACCUUAAAGGAGUUUCAGACCUGCACAGUAUGGAGGCCCAGGUUUUAGCUGAUUUGAACGAAGUGAUUCGAAAGGAUCUUUCAAACAUAAACACAGAAUUGGCGAACUUGGCAGAAGAGUCUGAAAGGAACAGAGAAGAGCAAAGUAGGCUGCGAAAACAACAGAAGAUGCUGAAGAAAGCUUUGGUAGACCCGACCUACUGGAAACGUAGUUUCUUAAAUACUUCGUUUAAUUUGUUUUGCUAUAUUUUGGGAAAACUAUCAGGAAGCGUUAAAGGUAUCCGAAGAAAAAACGUAGUUGCAUGGCUAAUGGUGUUGCUGCUUUUCCACUGUAAUGUUACUUUGGAUGACUCAUACAAUAGAGAAGGUAAGUUUAUGGUCAAUUUAAGCAAUAGACAACACUUUCUACGGAUUUACCGGCGUGAUAACCCACCCCGGACGUUGAAAGAACACGAGAAAAGCUUGUAAAUCACGAGCAGAAGGCGAGUGAUUUUACAAGCUGUUUGAGUGUUCUCCCAACAUCCCAAGUGGGUUAUCACGCAGGUAAACCCAUAGAAAGUGUUGUUUAUUGCUUUUAUAAAAUAACUGUAACAGUUUUCUAUGGGUUUACCGUCACAAUACACCAUAGGUUUUUAACCAAUCAGAACACGCCUACUAUCUUAGUUAUUUUAUAAAGAUCAGUAGAGCUAAGAUGUCAGUUUCUAUGAUAAACGGUACGUUUUUCGGUGAAUGCGGACAGACUGGAUGGUACUUCUUUUGGAUAGGUUAUAAAAAGAAAAAAAACAAAGGUUAUGGUUAACCUGGUCAUUUCUCACGGGAAUGUCUGAGAGACGUAACAUUUUUAGAAUUAAUAACAUAAACAUUAAAGGUGAGGUUAAAAAAUGCUAUAUAUCUUUAAAAUUCCAUUUGAUUAGUGCUUCAUGUAAACCUCAUUUCUGCAUUAUCUUUAGUUCCUUGUACGAUUUGCGAGUGGAGUGCAUCAGCUUCUCAAAAACUUGCAACUUUUCCUAAGCACUGAUCUGCACGCAAACGAAGUUGUACUAACGUUAGUUAAAUAUUGUAAUAAUUUAGGACUUGCGUCUGUGUGUUCAGAAUUGCUAACCAUUGACAACAGAAGUAAGUUGUAGGGAUUUUUUAUUACAGAAAAGCUAGAACGGUUCUAGCGCAAGCUUUCGAGACUAAUUCUGCUUCGGCGAAGCUCAGCCUGCGCAUUAUAGAUUACUGUGGUAUUUUUCAGUGAAAAUCCUGGCUAUUGGACGUGCAGCUCAUGCAAAAAACUAAAGAAAAUGUAACUGUCAGGUUUACUCGUGGCACUACUCAAAUUGCAAUAUAGAGAAUAUUGUUAUUUUCCGCAACGGCCUGUUAUUUUAUAGCUCAUAGGACACUGGAAAAAACAAAUGUGCAGUUUAUGCGGGAUUCUCUGCCAGCGUAAAAGCCAUAAUUAGCUAAAACUGAUAGCAUUGAACGAUUCAAGGCUCGUACCUAUCGUCAGGUCAAUUACAAUAAAGCCUUUCGUCAAAACAAGGGAGCUGGAUCGCAGUUUGCUGUGCAGUGAAAUGCGAGAAGAGUAUCAAGUUUUUGUAAGUCGAUAAUAGCUGCAGGCGGGGGCACAUUAUGAAAUACUGCUUCUGUAUUAGUUCUUCCAAACGCCAUGCCGUUCUUAAAUUUAGUCAAGCAAUAUAGGAAAAAAUCAACAGUAAAAAACUUACGUUCGCCUGUUUUGUACAGUCUGUUCGAUCCAGGUCUAUGGUGAUCCAUGGGAGUUAAAGUACUUUGACUUCAGUGACUUCAUCAUCUCAUCCAGUAAGGAAUUUAUCGGACGUCGGUGGCUCUACAACGAACUGGAAGGUAUUUUAGAAAACAGCCGCAAUCGUGGUGCGUUGAUAAUUGGAAAUCCAGGCGCAGGAAAAUCUGCUUUUCUAAGUAACUUGCUUUGUUCCACAACAUCCAGCCCAACUGUUCACUACAGAAUUCUUGCACAUCAUUUCUGUAUGCAUUACAACAAAGCAACACAGGAUGGUGCAAAAUUUGUCCAAAAUCUAGCAAAUAUGAUCGCUUGGAAGCUUAGUGGCUACCACGAAUAUCUCUUGAGAAACUCGUUUGUCCGCAGAGUGCUGCAGAGAGAUUGUUCCCAAGAUCCUGAGUGGUGUUUUGAACUGGGAGUUCUUACGCCCUUGAAAAACCUCCACCCACAACCAAACAACCCUUGGUAUAUCAUAAUCGAUGCCUUGGAUGAGUGCGUCAGUGACAAGGCAGAGAUUGUAAACAUUUUGAAAUCUAAAGCCCAUCGACUUCCGAAGUGGAUGAAACUUAUAGUCAGUUCACGUAAUUUAAGCAACAUUAUUUCAGGUCUAGGAGGAUUCCAAAGCGUGGAGUUACGAUCAGACGAUGAUAGAAAUCGUGAAGACAUUGACACAUAUUUGUCCUUAAAAAUGUUUUCAUUGAGCCAAAGCAUGGUACAAAAAAUGAAAACAUCUCUUGCAAUCUUAGACAACGACAAUCCAAGUCAAAAGAUGGUUUCGACCUUAGCUGAAAAAGGUCAAGGAAACUUUUUGUAUGUUAAGGUUGUCUUGGACCUUUGGCUAACUUCUACAGAGAAUGACAAGUGGGAGACAUUUCCUAAGACACUAGAAAGUUCAUACCAGUUGUAUUUUGAGAGGAAAUAUAGUACUCCGGAAUCCUUUCAAUCCCUCCGCCAAAUAUUCGAAGUUUUGGUUUCGGCCUAUACGCCUCUUACAGUUCAAGAAAUGUACUCGUUGUUUCAACUUGACCAACCUAGUCUUGACCUGGAAUACGAAUUUCUGCCAAAACUUGACGAGGUCUCUCUGUUCUUGUGGCAUGGAUCGGAGGACGGUCUCAUCAGAAUUCAUCAUUCUUCUCUAUCUGAAUGGCUGACUAGCGAGAUCAACAAAGGGAAGUUUUAUUACGUUAAGAAGCAAAAUGGGCAUAACCGACUUGCUCGCUACUAUCUUUUGAAAGCAGCGGAAAAUAAUUCACCACUAAAACCCCGUGAAGCACUCUAUCUUACAAGUCACAUAGUCGAAGGUGGUUUGAACAAGUCUCUUGAAAAAAAAUUUCUUUCACUUCCUUCGGAACACAUAAACACCACAGAUCCUUUAACUCAAACAACCGCACUUCACUAUAGUUCAGACUGGCUUAAUACCGUCGAGGUCACUAAGCUCUUAAUACAGCACUUUUCAGAUGUUGACUGUCCGGAUAAUAAUCGGCGUACGCCCUGUUUUAUAGCAGCAACGUCAGGACAUGUAAAUAUUGUCAAGGCUCUCUUCGAAAGAGGGGCCGAUCUUGACCAUACCACUAGCUGCCUGGACGUCAGUAUUGCGUCUUAUUCCAAAGAUCCCGUUCGUGAAUGCAAAAGGACAAAGUGUGGUUAUUCGUUACUGCAUUCAGCGGCUCAAGAAGGCAGAGUGAGUGUUGUCCAAUUUCUUGUCCAACACAACGUGAGUCUGUCAAAGACAACGGGAGCCAACAAUACUGCCAUACAGUUAGCUGCAGCUUAUGGGCAUCUUAAGACCGUUGAGACCCUCAAAGAGGCUGGUGGUGUUUUGGAUGGCACCUGCUUACAUCAUGCCGCCGUUGGCGGUCAUAAAGAAAUUGUCCAGUAUCUAUUGCGAGAAGGAGUAAAAGAUUCUUGCAUCUCUAGCAGUCCUCCUUUUAUAACCUCAAACCAAGAGUACAAGAAAUUCAUAACCUCAGAAUUUUACGAGUACGAUAAUCUUCAUAUUUAUUUACGUGAAACUGCUCUUCAUGCGGCAGUCAGGAAAGGACAUCUUUCGGUUAUUGGAUUACUGCUAAAUGACCUAGAUCAAAGUGCUAUAAGCUGCAAAAAUUCUGCAGGCAGACUGCCACAACACGAGGCUGUACAUUUAAAUAAAUAUAACGCAUUGAAGGUGCUGUUAGCAUAUGGGGCGUCUCCUACUGUUGGAUGCGAAAGUGCAAUAUUACCACCAUUGACGAUUCAUCCCUACAUUAGGCGAAACUUGGAGGGAAUCGGUUGUUCCUGUGGAUUUACUCCUCUACACAUCGCUGCUUCGAAUGGGUAUCAAACUAUUGCACAAUUGCUGAUAGAGAACAAAGCAGACGUCAAUGCAGGUGACUGCAACGGAUCGACUCCUCUUCAUGUCGCCUCCUGCCAAGACAUGUCAGCACUUGUCGUCCUGCUUGUUAAGAACGGGGCAGAUAUUAAUUCAAGAAGCCUGAAUGGUUCUACGCCACUUCACAGUGCAGCAGCUUGUUUUGGAAAGAGCGUUUUCUACCCGUUGUUUGAUAUGGGUUGUGAUCCCCUAACAACUGACUACGAAGGGAUGACAGCGUUACACUACCUUGUAAAAGAUAUCAAUGUAACUAUCACUGACUACUUGACAGAUUUGUAUGUUAGAAAUCCGAAGGACUGGAUAGAAAAUCCAAGGCGAAAUUCUCAUCGUGAGACAAUGGACAAAUUGGACCGAACAUAUCCCUGGUUAAACACCUUAGUAGAGGUUAUCAGAAGUUUCACGGCAGCCGAAAGAGAGGGAUUAUCUCCCUUUUUGGAGAUGAAAGAUGAGAAAAACCAAACAGUUUUCAGCAUAUUAGAAGAAAAAACUAACGCUUCGUCUCUUCUGAUAGGAACCAGUGAAAUUAGAGGUCUUCAGUUGGUGUUGUCUUUAACUCCAUUUCUUUUUGCUUACGAUACCGCAUGUUACCAAACAGCAAUAACCCGAGAUUUACCUUUAAAGAAUCAGUAUUCAUCUUUAAUACCAAUAUCUUUUAAGAGUGUUAUAUCGAAAACAUUAACAUCAUUAUUGACAACCAUAAACUGUUCUACAUUGACAAAAUUUGUAAAGCUCCGGCUGGUCCAUACAGUCAACACUGUGUUACAAGCUAGUGCAUUGGAUGUUAACUGCCGUGAUGAUUUAGGAAUAACCCCCCUACUGAUGUAUCUACGAACUGGUGGUCGGCAUAUGGCCAAAGUCCUAGUGAAACAUGACGUAGAAGUUAAAAUCAUCUGCGGAGAUCCUUUUGAAAUCUCGGCGUUUCAUCUAAUUUCAUAUCAUAAAUUACAUUACCUGCAUUACCUCCACGAAUUUUUCCUUGGGACUGACAAUUGGCAAAAAUAUUUGGAUUUAAAGGAUGCAAUAUUUGACUAUUUCCUGGACAAUUAUGAGGAACAAAAUGACCCAAGGAAUAGAACUAGUGAAUCUGUAAGAACCGGAGAUGGGCUGUUAACUAAAGCCAUUCUGUCACAUCCAAAUGGAACAAAAGUCAUUGACGAAUGCUUCGAUGAAGAGGGCUAUAAUGCUCUCCACAGAGCCGCUCAAGGUGCAAACUUUCCUGCCAUCCAGAAAUUUCUUUCACUGGGUGCAAACCCCUUCUUAGAAACAGCCAAUGGCUUUUCCCCUUUGUGGCUUUCAGUAUUACAUGCUGUGAAAUAUAGACCCUUUCUUAAUUUUGAAAGACCUUGUAUCUUGACAGCUUUAGAGGUGGAACUUGCUUCGCUCUCAGCAUCGACAUUAUUAAAUCACAUUCUUGAAAAUGGAAUCGUUUGA